UUGUCUGGACCUCUGAGGAGCCCAAACUUCCAGUAGCACCAGACAGCUGCUGCUCAGACUGACGGACAGAGGGACAGCUAGCUUCACAUCCAAGCCUCUGUAUUUUUCUUCAUUAAAGCGGGCUCCGGGUCACGACCGAGAAGAUGAUAAAUCUGCUGCACUUCACGAUGAUCUCCUUGGCCCUGGUUGCCGAUAUGUUCGGUCCCGGGGCGAGCUCCCCCAUUCAGCUGCUGGUUAAUGUCAUUGCUGAACCCGGUGCCAACGCCACCCUGCCCUGCAGACUGCUGGACCGGGACGCCGAGGAAUACAUGGGAGUAAAGAUCAAGUGGACCCGGCUGGUGGACGACAAAGAGGAAGACGUGCUGCUGUCCAUGGGAUUCCACAUAAAGGCCUACGGAAGCUUCGAGGAUCGCGUAUUCCUCGAGACACCAGACAGCGCAGACGGCUCCAUCGUCAUAACUAAUGUCUCCAAGGAAGACGCUGGCAGAUACCAAUGCGAGAUCAUAAAUGGAGUCGUAGACGAAAUACACGAAGUCCUCCUGGAGGUGCAAGGUGUCAUAGGCGUGGUGUUCCCCUACUCGCCGCCUUUGGGCCGCUACAACCUCAACUUCCAGGAGGCUGAGCAGGCCUGCGCGGAGCAAGGCGCCGUGGUGGCCUCCUUCGAGCAGAUGUUCAGCGCCUGGGAGGAGGGCCUGGACUGGUGCAACGCCGGCUGGCUCAGCGACGGCACCGUGCAGUACCCCAUCACCAAGCCCAGGGGGCCGUGCGGCGGCUCCAACAACCAGCCCGGCAUCCGGAGCUACGGCCUCCGGGACAAACUCGUGGGCCGCUACGACGUCUUCUGCUACGCGUCUCUGGCCGAGGGAGAGCUCUACUGGCUGGAGCAGCCCGACAGGCUGAGCUACGACGAGGCGGUGCAGGCGUGCGUGGACGACGGGGCGCGGAUCGCCAAGGUGGGCCACGUGUACGCCGCCUGGAAGCUCCGGGGCUUCGACCGCUGCGACGCGGGCUGGCUGGCGGACGGCAGCGUGCGCUACCCCAUCUCCCGGCCCCGCAAGAACUGCAGCCCCGCGGAAGCCGCCGUGCGCUUCGUGGGCUUCCCCAGCAAGGACCAGAAGUCCUACGGCGUCUACUGCUUCAGGGCCGGGCAGCCGGGCGCUAGCUAGGAGCGAGGAGGCCGCGCCCGCCAAAGGGCGGCAGUAACGCGGAUACUCCUUGGUUUUUAACUAGCAUGAACGGAAUGAUAUUCUGAAGCUGUGAUGACCCCUUUAACGCUGAGAACAUAGAGCAGAGAACAUGUUGGGUAGACAUCAGGUGUGUGAAGACCAAUCAAAAGCACUGACGAUUUGUGCUGCUUUCAAACUGUGUAAAGGGCAAAACAAUAUCAUCAUUUAUUUUAUCACGAAUCACGUCAACAAAAGGCUUCUGUUACAGACGGUCAGGGUUUAUUGGUAGAUAGGAUUAAUCGCUAUCCAGUUUCCUGUGGAGCACGGUGAGCGGUGGCGUCAUAAAAACGAGCCACACCCAGAAGAUACAGUAACAUAUGAGAACAAUAAUCUCGUGUUUUGUGUUUUUCCUUCUUCUUGUGUUUUAUUUUUUUACAUUUAGACUCACUGCAGGUCACAUGUGGUUAUAUUACUGUGUUUGCAACAGCGACAAUGCACAAAUGUCCCUCUGUACGCACUUGCAUGCGAUAAAAGGCGAAGCUGGUUUUGUAUCUUAUCAACAUGUACGUUUUUCAACCAUGCAGUUUGAAAUAAAGAGUUGAACUUAAAAAAACAA